GAAUUAGUUUGAUCAGUUUGUAAUUUAAUAAUACGACAACUUGAUAAGACCGUAUUAAAAGAAAAGAUCAUAGAGAUCCUCCACCUCAGGGAUACCACAAAAUAUAACCCCAGUAGGACUAGGAUUAAUAAACGCUAAGUUGACAACUUAAUGCAUGGAUUAUGUGUGACGUGGAAUUCUGACCUAAUAAGGAUGAGUUUGGGAUGUGCAUCGCCAACUCUGUCCUAUCCCAAACCCAUUCUUUUUUGUCCAAAACAAAACAAUUUCAUUAUAAGUUCAUUGUACAUGCAUUGUUCCGUAUUCAGUUACUUCUUUUGAUCGUCCCCUUCACCGUUCUGUUUUUCUUGGACUAAAAAUUGCUGAAACGAGAAUACUCACAAUACUUGGAUUAGUUCAAAGGAAAAUAUAAUGAUUCAAAGAAGUGCAGGAUUUCGCAGUCUGGUGCAAACUUUUCGAGUUAAUUCUUCUUAUUCAAAGCUCGGAGCUUACUUCAACUAUGCAACUUCGCCCCAGCAAGUGUUUGAUCAACCCACAUACAGUGAUGAUGAAUAUGCUGCUACGGAUUGGGACAAUCUUGGAUUCGGGCUCGUGCAAACUGAUUACAUGUACUCCAUGAAAUGUUCUAAAGAUGAGCAGUUUGAGCAAGGACAGCUUACUCGAUAUGGGAACAUUGAGCUGAGCCCUUCUGCUGGAGUCUUGAAUUAUGGGCAGGGACUUUUUGAAGGCACCAAAGCAUAUAGAAAAGAAGAUGGGAACAUUCUUCUAUUUCGACCAGAUCAAAAUGCUAUCAGAAUGAAGAUUGGUGCUGAAAGAAUGUGUAUGCCUUGUCCCUCCAUUGAUCAAUUUGUUGAUGCAGUGAAACAAACUGCCCUUGCUAACAAGCGUUGGAUUCCUCCUGCAGGAAAAGGUACUUUAUAUAUAAGGCCAUUGCUUAUGGGGAGUGGUCCUGUAUUAGGUUUGGCACCAGCACCUGAAUACACAUUCCUCAUAUAUGCUUCCCCUGCUGGCAACUAUUUCAAAGACGGUUUGGCACCUUUGAGUUUGUAUGUUGAAGAUGAAUAUCACCGUGCUUCACCAGGCGGAGCUGGAGGAGUGAAAACAAUUAGCAACUAUGCUCCGGUUCUGAAAGCAAUAAACAGAGCAAAGAACAGAGGAUUUUCUGAUGUCUUGUAUUUGGACUGUCUGCAUAAGAAAUUCCUAGAGGAAGUCUCUUCUUGUAACAUUUUCAUUAUCAAGGGUAAUGUAAUAUCAACUCCUGCUACAAAUGGUACAAUUCUCCCAGGGAUCACUAGAAAAAGCAUCAUAGAAAUUGCAAAAGAUCUUGGAUAUGAGGUGGAGGAACGUCUAAUUCCAGUAGAUGAAUUGGUGAAUGCAGAUGAAGUAUUUUGCACUGGAACUGCUGUAGUUGUUGCUCCUGUCGGCAACAUUACAUAUCAAGACAAAAGAAUUGAAUACAUAACAGGAGCUCAAUCAGUUUCCUGGAAGCUGUACUCGAAUCUUGUAGGAAUACAGAUGGGUCUGAUUAGGGAUACCAAGGGAUGGACUAUUGACAUACAGUAAUUUUAUAUUUGUUGAUGCAUAUGCUCAAUUAAUUCCAAUUAAUUUUGGUACCAUCCAUGGACCAAAAAUUUAAAAAUUGUACAGAAGUAUAAUGGACCAAGCAGCAUUUUAUUAGUAUCAAAAUCAAUCCUAUACAGUUGAAAUUUCAUUAACUAAUAUUCGACUAUUUAAUAAUUUCUCUUAGAUAAUAUUUUUGAUC